AUGCCUUAUAGAGAAUUGCAGGAACUAUUCGGAAAACCAAACAUAAUAGCGGAAAUACGAGACAAGCGACUGAGUUGGCUGAGACCUAUGCUUAAGUCAAUAAAAAAUGAUGUAUCAAACUGGAUUCCUCAGGGAGAAAGGCCUAUUAGAAGACCGAAACAGAGAUGUAUGGCCCAAAGAAAAAACGAACCAAACCAACUUAGGAUAGUUAAUAUUACUGAAGUAGCUCUGAACAGAGAUAAGUGGAAAGAGAUUUGUUUUGCAGCAAUAGGCCUCAAUGGCCUUUGA